AUGACAGAAUACACCAUACACACAUCGUGGCUCUUCGACCCCAAAGCCAAGCAAGUCCGCACGAACUGGUCCAUCACCGUCGACCAGAAGAGCGGACUGAUCGAAAAGAUCAUCGAACGCGACGAUGAGCGCCAGCCCUUCGAGGACGUGAUCAAGGACGGCGACGUCGACUUGCGCGGCAAAUACGUGCUUCCUGGACUGGUCGAUGCACAUACCCAUGUAUUCCUGCAUUCAUAUGACGAGGCGGGAGCACUGGUCCAGAAACGGGACGAAAGCAUGACUGAGAGGGUAGUGCGAGGAGUGAACCACUGCCGCACAGCACUACUUGCGGGCUACACGACGUACAGAGAUCUUGGAUCCGAAGGAAUGCAAGAGUGCGACGCGAAUCUACGAGACACCAUCGCCCGCGGCCUGACGCCCGGCCCGCGUCUAUUUGUAGCGACCAAGGUCCUCGCCAGCACGGGGUCCUUCGAACCACGCACCGAGAACAGCGGCGGCGGCCACUGCCUGCCAGCCGGUGCAGACGCCGUGGACGGUGUAGAGGAAUGUCGCAAAGCCGUGCGCCGGCGAAUCGCCGCUGGGGCAGAUAUCAUCAAGUUCUUCGCCGACUACAGACGACGGAUCAUGCGCUCGCCACCGGCCCAACAGCACCCUUAUAUUCCCAGUGUUUUGCAUCCGCCGAAAGAUCCCAAUCCGGAUUACAUGGUGUUCUCGCCGGAGGAGAUGGACGCCAUCGUCAAAGAGGCCGCACUGGCCCGAUGUCCGGUGUCCGCGCACGCCUGUACGCUUGAAGGCGCGCUGGCCGCCGUCGAGGCUGGUGUCGAUACGAUCGAGCAUGUGUAUUUCGGGACCGACGACCUGUUUAGGAGGAUGGUGGCCAAGAACGUGAUUCUGGUCCCCACGCUGGCUAUUGCAGAGAAACUGCAUGCAAGGAGGUUCGGCGAGAUCUUGCCACAGGUCAAGCGCGCGUAUGACCUGGGCGUGCGGCUUGCUUGUGGCGGUGAUACGGGCACCUUCCGCCACGGCGACAAUGCUCGAGAACUGGAGUUGAUGAUCGAAGCUGGAAUACCGGUGCUCGAUGUUUUGGAGGCUUGUACCGUCGGCGGCUGGGAGGCUUGUGGGGGAGACCUGUGCGGUCGACGCUUUGGAUGGAUUGAUGAAGGCCUACAGGCAGAUUUGAUUGCCUUGGACGAAGAUCCUGCACAGGUCAAGGGGGCAUUAAGACAUGUCGAUUUUGUCAUGAAAGAUGCUCGGAUAUGGAAACAAGAUGGAAACCCUGUAGGGAUGGUAUAG